GAGAAUUCCCGUUAAAUGCACUAGAGAUGGGUAACUCAGGAGUGAUAGAUAAAAAAGAUAUGUAUCCGUCCGUUCUGAUCACUCACUCUUUGUAUCCGUUCCAAUCCGAAUGUAUCAGUGUAUCUGUACUGUAUCUUUAACAACUUUCAAUCGUCGUCCUUUUGUAUCUGUGUCGCACUCGCACAACUAGCAUGAGCGGCUGGCGUCACGGUGUCUCAUCGGAAAGUCCAGACAUCUUUUUCGCACCUCCCUACUUAGAAUGUUCUGUCGCACUUUCUCGAUACCGAGAAUAAGUGUUUGACCAUUAUAAACUGAUAUACGUCAGUACAAAAAGAUCUCUAUUACUGGUGCGUAGGGCUUAAAGUCGUAACGCGGUACGUGAACAUUGCAAGUAUUAUACUGGUUUCCUUUUGUAAAGUACUUUGCCUAGUAAGUUUUUGUAAACAAUGCAAACUAAUUUCGGUCUUAAAGUUAUUGCUAUUAGGAUCAAGAUAGAAAAGAAAGGUAAAAAAAUGAUUAAUUUGCGAUUUACAAAAUUAAAUUCAAUAUUUAUUUAGUUCAAGACUGACCUUCGUCCGCGUCCGUGCGUUAACUAUCGUACGGGAUCGGGAUUCGGGAAUAAGUGAAGUGAUAGGAUAGGUAUUGUUUUGUUUUCGUUGCAUCGACAAUCAGUGUAAAUAAUUUUAGAGUUACUUACUAAACUUUUUUUAUUGGACUAAUGGUACUUUAGUUUAAGUGUAAAUAAAUUUGUACAGUUAGUGUUAAAAAUAUCAGCUGAAAAUGUCAGGUUCACGAAAACGGAGUGCAGUUUGGAACCACUUUGAGGAAGUGGAACCCAAAAAAGCAAAAUGCCUUUAUUGUGCUAACAUUCUCUCCGUACCGGCUGGAAAUUGUGGCAACCUGGGGAGACAUUUAAAAAAUAAACACCCCACUGUACCACUUGUUACUGACAGGCAGCCAACGCAGCAGACACCUGAGGCCCCGCAGGAGACACUUGCGCCAACGACGUCAACUGCGACAGAAUCUGCCACGUCCAACGCCCCUGCCCCCGGCCCAUCCUCCGUUGGGUUACCUCCUCAUCAGCCCUCUAUCAGAGAUUAUGCGCACAGCACUAAAUCCAUGCCGCCUCGGCGUGCUGAACUUUUGGAUGAGCAACUUGUGCGCGUGAUUGCGAAUGGAUAUUAUCCCUUCAGUAUGGUGGAGGAUGAAGAAUUUAAAAAGUUUGUAAAUAUGCUGAAUCCAGCGUACAAACUGCCAACAAGGAAAACACUGUCGCAAUCUUUAAUUCCCAAAAUGUGCACAAAACAAGAAGAGAAGGUGAGGCACAAUAUAGAAAAUGCCAACGCAGUCUGCCUCACGACUGACGGCUGGACAUCAGAUAACAAUCAAAGUUAUUUAGCUGUUACGGCACAUUACAUUCUCUCUACAUCAGAGACAACAAAAUUACAUUCCAAUUUACUGGGAUGUGUGGAGUAUAACGAACGGCACACCAGCGAAAAUCUAACAGAAUUUUUGAAAAAUAUCAUGCGGGAAUGGAGUAUUGAGAACAAAAUUACCGCAAUCGCCAGCGAUAACGCUGCCAAUAUUACAGCAGCUAUAAGAGAGGGUGACUGGCGGCAAAUUCCUUGCUUUGCCCACACUCUGAACCUUUGCGUCCAGUCGGCGUUACAGCAUAUAGCCCCAAGUAUAAAUAAGGUCAAAAACAUCGUGGAGUUUUUUAAGCGCAGUUCCCAAGCGAACCAUAAAUUGCUGACAAUGCAGCAAAGACUAAAUAUUCCAACCCUUAAACUAAAACAAGAUGUCGCCACCAGAUGGAACUCUACCUAUGACAUGCUGCAUCGAUUUACCUCCACAAAAGAUGCAAUAAUAAGCACGAUAGCUCUUACCAGACCUGACCUCGCACUCUCUGACUACGACUGGCUAAUAAUCCAAUCUGUUCUCCCUGUAUUGAAACUUUUUUACGACGUAACAGUCGAAGUGAGCGGCGAAAAAAAUGUAUCAUUGGCUAAGGUCAUUCCAUUGUGCAGAAUAAUGAUGGGUCACAUUAGGGGCAGGCUGCUUGAGCAAAACUCGGAUGGUAAUAAUGUUUUACCAGAAAUAAAAAAUCUAAUCGAAAACUUACACAAAGAUCUAAAUCAUAGAUUCGGUCACAUAGAGUCGAAUUUAUUAAACGCGGAAUCCACAAUUCUGGACCCGCGUUUUAAAAACAAAGGAUUCCAGGACUCUAGAUUAUUCGAUAAGGCUUUGAGAGACUUAAAACUUAAAAUUGGACGAAGUUCCUCAAGGACAACAACAACGCCAGCGGUACAGCCAGUGCAACCAGAACCGGGCUCUAGUCACUCAAUUUGGUUUGAGUUUGACCAAGAAGUGGUUAAACAAACACCUGACAACCCAACGGCAGCAGGAAUCGUCGAACUAGACAAAUACAUUCAUGAGCCGCUUUUAAAGCGUACCGAAGACCCAUUAAAAUGGUGGCACGCUCGGAAGCACAUAUAUCCUCUGCUAUUUAAUUAUAUUAUGAAAAGGCACAAUCUCGUCGCCACGUCUGUUCCUUGCGAGAGGAUAUUUUCGAAAGCGGGAUAUACGUUGAAUGAACGUAGGAGACGAUUGACGUCAAAAAAAGUUUCGCAACUCCUGUUCAUAAGUUGCAAUUCUGGCAUGUAAACAACUGUAAAUAAGUAGGUAUAGGUUUGUGUAAAAAAAACUCAUGUAAAUAAUGCUGUAAUUAAUAAUCAAAAGAUUGUACAUAUCUACUGAUUUCUAAAUACGCCAACCUAUGAAUUUUAUUUUACAUUAACAAAUGCAACUAAUAUUCCUAGAAAUAACUCCACGUCAUAGGUUGCCAGUCCUAAGC